AAAUAGACUGUGUAAUGUAAAAACUCUACUCCGCUCGGUUAAAAAACACAAGAUAGCAUUCAAAACUUGCAUCCCAAGAAAGAAAAAUGAAGCGAAAAAUCCCUAUUCAGAAAAUCGAGAACAAGAAACACCGAGUGGUCUCCUUCUCCAAGAGACGAAGCGGUCUCUUCAAGAAAGCCCAUCAGCUCUCUGCUCUCACCGGCGCUCAAAUCGCCAUUCUCGUCUUCUCCGAGACCGGUCGUCCCUACGUUCACGCCUCUCCCACCCCCUCUUCCUUCCAAUCUCUCCUAACUCCUUUCCUCUCCUCCCACGCCACCUCUUCCACCGUCGCCGCGCCGGAGACCACGUCGCAGAGUUCGAGCGAUAACGGGGAUGGGGGCGAAGGAGAAGACGCGUUUGCCCUACACGAUUCGUUGAGGCAUUUACUGGACUUUGAAGUUGAGGAUUGCGACGACUUGGAGGAGCUCGCGGCGCUGAAGGAGAAAUUGGAAGAAACGAGAAAGAGGACCGCCAUGGCCUUGGACCUGAGCGUCGCUCGUUUUCUUCUUUCUGACUUUGAUGACGAGAAGGAACUUAUUCAUGAGCUUAGAGCCAUGGCGGUCCAAAAGCUUUUCUCAUAUGCAAGAGUUAUGAAUGAGUGGGCUAUAAAUAUUGUGAUUUUGAUAUGGAGUCAUUACUGACAGUUACAGAGACAUGAAGAAAAUUAAGAAGGCGAUGUUGUUGGCUAUUUAAAGUGCAACUUGAUUUAGCAGUUUACAAGAGCCCAGAUAAUGAGUCACUUGAGCAAAUGACUGUUUUGGGCGCAGAGAAGCACAUAAUAAUAGUCUUUUGCUUGUAUGAUUCGAUAUAAUUGCUAAAAUGAAUUCCAUGUAGCGUUGUAUAUGGGAUUACUAAAGAAUAAAAUGUGAACCUGGAUGUAUUGGAUUGUUGUUGAGCUUAGAAAGCUUUCUUUUUCAAGUGAUCAUUUCUUACAUUAUUAUCAAAGUUGCAUGUUUACAAUUUGUUGAAUCCUUCA